AUGAACAUGUUUCCCACCCCCACCAUGCAUCUGACCCAUUUGUGUAGCAGCGGCGGGCGCAGAGUCCGGCGUGCGGCCAUUGCGUCGUCGGACAUCGUACCUCGCGAGCACCUGCCUCCGCGCGCCAUGGUGUGUGAUGAUAGCUUGCAUGCUUCAUCGCCUCACGUGCGUCGCAAGUCACUUCGCCGUCUUGCAUCUACUCGCGGCUUUAAGUCUCGUAAUCAAGACGAACACGGCUGGAUCAGAGUUUUCGAAGGCCUUGAACCCUUCGCAGUUGAUGCACCCAGUAAAUUGGUGAAAGUUACUUUGAGUACAACUGUUGAAGAAAUCAACAAAGACCUUGGGUUUACUGAUGAAUCAACGUUAUGGAUGCAAAUUGGUGGGGAAAAAUCGAGACGGCUUGAACUUGAUGAAUACCCCCUAAGGAUACAAGACCAAUUUUUAGCAACAUGUGGAUGGAGAUCAGAAUCACGAAGAAAACGUCUAGCUGUUGAUCCUGAGUUGCGACAGUCAUUACGAUGGUGUGCUGGACCAGCCGGAAAUCAUGGAGGUGUUUUGAGAUCUGGAACUUUAUAUGUUUUAAAAGGACACGUUUUCCCACAAUGGAAACCGAAACCUGCAUUUAUCAUUGGGUCAAGGCUGCACACGUAUGGAACUACUUGGGAGAUGCUGGAGUUAAGCGGAGGAAACAUAGACUUCUGCCCCCCAAAAGCGCAAAGACUUGUGUUGUGCGUAAAGCCCCGGCCAAGUAAUAACUUGCCAUGUGACAAUAAUGCAAAUCACGUCUUCUUAGGAUUCAGCACCGUUUGGGAAAGGAACAUUUGGUUCAGCUGGCUCAAAGAAGCAACACAAAGUACUCAGCCACCAAAUGUACUGGACUUAAGCGGUGGUGGGCGGGCAUCGUUAGGCGAAGCUUUGGUACAGCAUGCGUCAAGCGCAUUUGCUGUACGAGUACUCCGCAUGUGCAACAAUGCACUCUCUACCCUACCCCCGCAAACUUGGAGUUUGCAGGCUUUGACGCAUCUGGACAUGAGCGAUAAUAGAAUAACUGAAUUGCCUGCAGAAAUAUGUCGACUUACGCAACUGGAAGAACUACAAAUUGGCGACAACGAGAUUCAUUCGAUAGAUCACAUACUACGGCUGCCUCGACUUCGAACACUGUCGGCCGCAAGAAAUCUCAUAACAAAUUUUGGGAAUUCAAAUCGAAAAAUGGCGCCGGAUGAAGAAAAUAAAGUUGAAUAUCGUACUCCACUAACCAAUGUUGAUUUACGUCACAAUAGAUUAAAAGGAAGCAUAAUACUCGGAAAUUAUGAGCAUUUAGUAUGUUUAGAUAUAUCGCAUAAUUCUGUGGAAGUUUUAGUCUUGUCUUCACUGCGGGGACUUCGGGAACUAUACGCUUCACAUAAUGCACUCCAGCACGUGGCGCUUCAUGGAGGCUCUUUACGAAUUCUCCGAGCCCCCCACAAUCAAUUAGAAUCAUUGACAAGUACAGUCCCACCAAUCAAUUUAGUAGAAAUCGACGUGUCAUACAACAAAUUGACGUUACUACCACCAUGGAUCAGCGGCUGUUCCGACCUCACCACGCUUCACGCGAGCAAUAACCAACUAACCUCACUUCCAGACCAUUUGUUCUGUAGUGAACUUUCAAGUCUUAGUAACCUGCAUUUAGCCCAUAAUAAAAUCUCGAGUAUACCAUCAAUGCCGCGCCUAAGAGCUCCGCUUAAAGAAUUACUGCUUCACGAUAAUUCUAUACAGGCACUGCCAGAAAACUUCUUUUCGGUAUGUGACAGAUUGAGCGUUUUAAAUCUUUCAAAUAACAGACUGAGCCGCUUACCUUUGGCAAGAUGUACCUCAUAUUGUCUAGAGUACCUAUACCUAACAGCUAACUGCUUGAAUGACGAUGCAACAGAUGUUCUCAUAGCAUUCCGUGGCUUAAAGAUUCUACAUUUGGCCUACAACUGCUUAACGCGGCUUCCAGAAAACUGUGUCAACUAUUGGCCCGAUGUUGAGGAACUAGUACUCUCGGGGAACCUGUUUUCAAGAUUGCCGGAAAAUAUGCCUCAGCUCAAUAACAUCAGAGUCGUUAGGGCUCACUCGAAUAAACUGCGUUCGGUACCUAUGUUCGCAUGUAGCGCUUCGGUAAAGAUUUUAGAUUUUGCUCACAACGAACUGGAUAGGGUAGAUUUACGGCUACUUGCACCUAAACAAUUAAAAUUUCUAGAUAUAUCUUGUAACAAAAAGUUACAAAUGGACCCGUCACAGUUCAAUUCAUAUAAAUGUCAAAGACCAUUGAGCUUAGUAGAUGUGACAGGGCGACGUUCAGUUUCGUGGACCCACAAAACAGGAUAUCACGAAGAAUUAACUGGCAUGACCCCGUGGAAUACAGGAUUUUCUGAAUGCCCGGAUAAAUCAUUGCAGUUAUAUUGUGCACAAAUACGUCUUCCUUCGUUUUGUAAUAAAGAGGGCCUUUUCGCCGUCAUUGAUGGUGAAACCGAUAUCGAAGUACCAAAAAUUUUACAAACCAGUAUACCAGGAUUAGUUCUUGAAGAGAAAUCAAUCAAAGAAACUGUUAACGAAUAUAUGAAAUACGUAGUAUUAUCGGCUCAUAGAGAAUUGAAAGAAAAAGGUCAAAGAAAGGGAGCCUGCAUGGUCAUGUGCCACUUAUCUCCUAUUAAUGUACAAGAAAACGCAUUCGGACAGGCGUUAAAAAAAUAUAGUUUGAAAUUAGCUAACGUAGGCGAUACUAGAGCAGUUUUAAGUAGACGUAAUGGACCGUUGAGUUUGGGCAUAGAAAAUAAAAGACGUCUAGGAUAUUCCUGUCGCUAUCCCAAUACUGUCCCAGAUCCGGAUAUCAUCCAGACAGUUAUUAAAGAAGACGACGAGUUUCUGAUAUUAGCCAAUGGGAAAUUCUGGGGUGCUGUUAGUAUAGAUUCUGCAGUUUCUGAAGUAAGAGCAGAACGAAAUCCUGUUCUUGCGGCAAAAAGAUUACAAGACCUGGCCCAAAGCUAUGGCGUCGAAGAAUGUAUUUCAAUUAUAGUAAUUAGGUUUGAUAAUGAAAGAGCUGAUGUUGACCUUUUGAUGAGAGAAUUAAGGCAGACGAUUAACGGGAAUAAAAUGACAUGCCGAUCGGAUUGUUGUUGUUCACGUUUGGAACCUUGCUGUCACUCAAUAUCUCCGUCAAAGCCGAGCAGCGAUCGAUCUUCGCCAAGCGGGCAAAGUGAUCGCCCUCUAAGUGAAGCAAUAAACCAUCAACAUUACUCUAGUGUUCGAUCGCAAAAUAAAGCAUCCGAAAGACGGAGUUGUCGCGGAGGCGUGGCUAGAGCAAUUCGUGUUCGUGUUGAAGAAGAGAAAGAAGAUCACCGAAAUGAGGAAGCUUCAAAUCCAGAGGAACAAUUUAAAUGUUGGGAAUACAUGUUGGAACAGAACACUCAAAUGCUGUUCGACAAGGAAUUAGAUAACUUAUCAAAGGGUAUUCGUUCGAAUGGAAGUACUCUGAGGAACACAAAAGGGUUGUCGGGGAGUAGCCCUCAAUUACAUUUAAGUGGAAAAACUUCGAAAGUUCCAUUCUUGUCUAAACAUUUUGGUAGUGCAAGAUCUUUUGGCACAGCUUUAAAGCCUGACUUUCGAUUCGGCUCUGGAAGAUUGCCGAAUGGUGGUCCUAACGCUGCAUAUUUUGGUUCACUUCAACGACUCAUGCCUUAUCAUUUAGAAUAUGACUUUGCCGUAAUUCAAGAGAAAACAACACACUCCCAAGACUCGCUCGACCUCGAAGGAAGAAUGUCACAAUAUUGGGGAGUCGCUACAACCGAAUUAUAAAUAUAUAUAAUAGUCCAUAGACGCACAGAUUGUAAAUAAAACUUCAAAUGUGUAUUAUAUUCUUAGUAAUCUGUACCAUUCAUUUUUCGACUAGAUUUUUUUGCACAAUGUAAUAUAUAGUAUAG